UCGGCCCACCGAUAAGAUUCUUAUAAAGGGCAGCGCGUCGCCAAGGCUCCCUCACUACUCAUCAUGACCAACUCCGUGACGCUCUACGGCCUUACGACGAAGCAGGGGACGCAGACAAACGUGAGCCCGUUCGCGUGGAAGACUGCCGUCGACCUUGGCCUCCUCCGCAUCCCGUACACGUGGGACGGCAAGACGUUCGAGGAGAUCCGCACGUCCUUCGAAGCCGAGACGGGCGUGAAGGGCAUCCUCGUGCCGGCCAUCAAAACCAGCGACGGGUGGGUGUACGAUUCGUUCAAGAUCGCCCAGCACCUCGACAACGGCACGCUGUUCCCCGACGGCGAGGCGGCUGCGCGCAAGAUCGACGAGUGGGCCGACUCGGACCUGCGCGCAGCCAUUAUGCCGCUGCUCGUGCCAUGGCUGUACCAGGCACAAGCGCCCACAUCGCAGGCAUGGUUCCUCAAAAUCAAGCUCGGCGGGGACCAAGCCAAGAUCGACAUGCUGUGCCAGGCCGUGCUCGACGCGCAGUACGUCGACGCGCAGGCCGCCAACGUGCGCUCCAAGCUGCAGAGCAUCGAAGAGAAGCUCCGCGACGCGCCGUUCCUUGCCGGCGAAAGGGCGGGGCACGCCGACGCCUCUGUCUGGGGGUGGUAUGCGAGCACGCGUGCGAUUAGCAUCCAGGGCCUCGACAUCGACGAUAUCUGGCGCCAUGAGAGCUUGCCGCGUGUCGCGGCGUGGGUGGACGCCGUGCAGAAGGCCGCGGGAGUCACCCUCGCGCUUCCGUAGAGAGAGUGGUGAAGUGAGCGUGCUAUCAAAAGAGGGCGGCGUUGGAGGCGGGAGCAGCGACCCAAGUCCGGCCCGACGAGGAGAUCAGUAGUGCCAUUCACGCCGGAUUGCCUUCUGG